UUUUUAUUCUAAAUAAAAUAAAAAUAAUAUUUAUAGACAUGUAGGGAAUUUACUCAACAAUGAACCCAAUCAAUAAGAAGUGAGAAACAAAAAAGAAAACAACAAAAACGGAGGUGGAGGAAGAAGAAUCAAAGGGAAAAAAGAAAAAAAGAAGAGAGAGAAACAGUCACCGCUACUCAGUCCUCCCCCUCUUCAAACCCUAAUUCAGCAUUUUUCUCUCUCUACCUAUACAUACAUAUAUAGAUAUAGAUAUAGAUUUUUAUUUAAUCAUGUUGUUGUGAUUUUCAAUCAUUCACAUUUAUUCAGGUUUACCGUAUUUGCCUUGCAAUUUCUUCUAAUUUUCAGAUCGUACAAGCAGCAAUUGCAGUGUUUUCAAGGGUAAUUUCGUCCAGAUCUGAGAAAAUUGAAUACUGGUUGGUUGUUCAAUGGAUGAUCUUGAUGUGUUGGCUCGUGAUUUCGGGUUAAGACCCGCCGGAAAAUCGGCUCCGAUGAGAUCCGACGGUGGAGAUCGGCGCCGAUCAUCGUCGUCUUCACCAUUGUAUGAUGAUCAUUCUGAUGAUUUAUUAUACAAAGACGUCUUCGGUGGACCUCCAAAAUACACUAAUAACAGCAAUAAAUCGUCUUCGAUGAAUGAUAUCAAUUACGAUUCCAUUUUCAAUACUGGCAAGGAUUCAAAUAAAACGUCGUCUGGUCCGGUGUAUGAUAAGCCAGUGUAUGAUGAGGAUAUUUUCGAGGGAUUGCCAGGACUGAAGAGCAAAUCGGUAUCUGAGAAAACUGCCUCUACUGUCAGAUUUGAUGAUGAUGUUUUUGCUUCAAUGACUUUGCCACCACAACCGAAGAUUAAGGAUGAGCAUUUUGGUGAUCUGCUUGGGAAUUUGAGGUCAAAUGAGAAGGUUUCAGAGCCUAAGAGGAGUUCGAGCUCGAAUGCUAAAGAGUUUGAUGAUUUGUUAGCUGGUUUUGGGAGUAGUAGUACUUCCACCACUAAUAAGAGGUCGUUUACAGAGUCUAGUCAUUACUCCAAACCCACUGGAAAUUCAAAUCGAAGUUCUAGUGUGCUGGAUGACCCUUUUGCAGGCUUAGGGUCAACCUCAAUGCCGGCUUCAUCUUCCCCAGAGGAUUUCAUGGAUCCACUUGAACAGAUUGGUCAGCUUGGUAAAUCUGGAAAUGCGAAGUCUGAAGCUUCAUCAGUUAGUGGAGGAGUUCUUGAUGAUUUAGAUCCACUUAAUGGUUUUAGUAAGUCUGGUCCUCCAUUAUACCCUGGUCGGAAUAACAGAGGGAUGGGAGGUAGCCCUCAGAGGGCAGGAUCAGGAUCAGGAAGGAGUGAGACACAAGCCUCUACUUCUAGAGAAAACAUUGGAAAAUCUUCUGAUAAUCGCUCACAGAAAAAGGUGCCUGGGGAUGGUUUUCCGGACUCUCCUCUGUUUGAUAUGCCUCCAGCUGAUCCUCAGAGAUCUUUUGUUGAAGCUGGUUUCCCACCUCCAUAUGCAAGUAGCAAUAUUCAUGAAACACCUUUUGGUGAAGCUGGUUUCCCCCCUCCAUAUGCAAGUAGCAAUAUUCAUGAAACACACUUCGAAUCAGACACAUCCCCAAGAUCAGAGGAACAAGUGCAACCUUCUGAUGAUGUAUGGCUUAGUGUGUCAGAGAUUCCUCUUUUUACACAACCUACGAGAGCUCCACCUCCAUCACGACCUCCACCUCCAAUUCCACGGCGAAAUUUAAAAUCAGAGACCAGUUCCUUUGCUUCAAAUGCAAGAAAGAAGGGUGACAGAUAUUCUUCUCCUCCAAGUUACAACCAAUAUUCUCAAAGUCCUAAGCUUGUUCGCCCUGCAGCCAAGAGCCCUCCAACUUCUCAGUUGGACGAACUUGAUGAAUUUGCCAUGGGUAGGUCUCACCAUAGUGUGGAUGAAAGUGCAGAGUUUGUUUCUGGUGAAGAUAUGAAUGCAAACUCAGUAGCUGCUGCAUCAGCAGCUGCGAUGAAGGAGGCUAUGGAUAGAGCUCAGGCCAAAUUUAGACAUGCUAAGGAAGUAAAAGAAAGAGAACACGCAAAGGCAGCUAAGAGUAAGGAGGCUGUAAACCUGGACAAGGAUGAACAAGCCAUGCAUGAUGCACAAGAAAAAGAAUUGAGAGAAAACGAGAGAUUAGAACGUGAACGUCAACUGAGGGAAAAAGAAGAGGAAGAGAGAGCACAAUUGAAACUUGAGAGGGAGAGGGAAAGAGCCAGAGAGAUAGAAAGAGAUAGGGCUAGGCAAGCUGUAGAAAGGGCUACUAGGGAAGCACGAGAAAGAGCAGCAGCAGAGGCUAGAGAAAGAGCUGCUGCUGAUGCUCGUUUAAAAUCCGAAAGAGCUGCCGUGGAGAAGGCUGCAGCUGAAGCUCGAGAGCGGGCAGAAAGGGCUGCAGUUCAGCGAGCACAAGCGGAAGCCCGUGAAAGAGCUGCAGCAGAAGCUAAAGAAAGAGCAGAAAAGAUAGCUGCAGAAGCAAGGGAAAAAGAAGCACGUGAAAAAGCUACAGCUGCAAAGGCUGAGACUGAGGCAAGACGUCGAGCAGAACGAGCUGCAGUAGAAAGAGCUGCCGCAGAGGCUCGUGAGAGAGCUGCUGCAGAGGCUCGAGACAGGGCAGCUGCUGCUGCAAAGAUGAACCAACAAAAGAACGAUGAUGAUCUUGAAUCCUUUUUCAAUAUGGGUUCUAGAGCUAAUAGUGCACCAAAGACAAGAACAAGUUCUUCUGUAAAUGAGUCUUCAUUUGCUUCGCAGUUCCAGAACAAGGCAGGUGCUGGAGGGCCAAAGCCAACAUUUUCAUCUUCCACAACCUCCUCCAACAGGACAAAGGCAUCUUCAGCAACAAAUUUUGUUGAUGAUCUCUCUUCAAUAUUUGGAGCUGCCACGUCAUCUGGAGAUUUCCAAGAGGUUGAAGGGGAAACAGAAGAAAGAAGAAAAGCUAGAUUGGAACGCCAUCAACGAACUCAGGAGCGUGCGGCCAAAGCUUUGGCUGAAAAGAAUCAACGUGACCUUCAAGUUCAGAUGGAGCAGCAGGAAAGACAUAGAAUAUCGGAGACUGUAGAUAUUGAAAUCAAGCGAUGGGCUGCUGGGAAAGAAGGAAAUCUGCGUGCGCUGCUAUCAACUAUGCAAUAUGUGCUUUGGCCUGGAAGCGGUUGGCAGCCUGUUUCUUUGACGGAUUUAAUUACUGGUACUUCUGUGAAGAAGGCAUAUAGAAAAGCAACAUUGUGUAUCCAUCCUGAUAAAGUGCAGCAGAAAGGCGCAACCCUUCAACAGAAAUAUGUUGCUGAGAAGGUGUUUGACAUGCUCAAGGAAGCAUGGAACAAAUUCAAUUCAGAGGAGCUUUUCUAGAUGCUGCGGCCAUUCAUUGGACUUCUGAUAGAAGAGGUAGGUACAGUUUCAAAGCAAUGCUCAUGGUGACUCUGCAUUAUAAUCUUCUCUCAUCAUGUGGCAUUUGCUGGGCCGGCGAAAGGGCGCGUUAUAGCAGUGAUGGUAAAGUGAAAUAUAUUACUCUGUUGCUGUAAAAUUAGUGCCAGUGCCAAAGACAUUUAUGGCUAGUGGCACUUGAAUUGACUGGUUUCUGGAAAAAAAUAUCAGGCGUUUUGCAUUAUGUGCAGCAUGAAAGGAGCAUUGCAUAAUUUGAGUUGUGAAGUUAUACAAAAUGUAUUUUUCCUAUUCAUUUAUGUCUUAAAGUUUUUGUUUCUGCACGAGAAGAACAAAUCUCUCUUGCAUCAUUUUUUGAACUGAGGUUGUAUUUAGUAUCAGAAUGAUAUUUUUGCACGAUGUGAAUGGUGAAUGUUAGUUGGGACGA